CUAUCGUAUAUCUCAUCAUGCCUUCUCCGACCUAACGCCGGAAACCGAUGCGUUCUGAAAUCCCCAGACUAAUUUAACGAUUUCAGGAACUGAAUUUGUACACUAAAGAAACGUACGAAGUUGGAUGGAACAUGGAACGGGAAGAUUCAGUACUACCGCCUAACCCGACCGCCCUGAUUUGACAGCUGUCCAGUGGUUCGGCUCUCCACUCCGCAGAAAAUUCCCACAUUUACCGACAACAGCUGAUAGAUGACGGAUGACCGACCGACGACACGACCGACCGACCGAUAGAUGACCGACAACAGCGGAUUACUAUACUCCGCGUCUAGCUGAUUCCUCGCGCAGAUGUGAAAAUGAGUUGCGCAGUUGCGCAGGUCUUCAGUUUUUAAACUCUCUCUUUGGAUUUAAUUUUCUGCAUCCGUCAGUACUUCCUGUCUCUCCCGUAAUAAUUUUAAUGAGGUUCAAUUUGAACUUAAUUAUUCUCUGUGUACCCCGCACAAAAAACCCCCAACGAUGAUCUCCACGUCUAAACCCAUCAUCACCAAUACACUCCUACAUUUAUGGCGACAUCCAGCUUCAAUCUCGCCCGGUUCUUACAGGACCGCGAACUCCCCACCAACAUCCACCCCACCCCCCUCCAGCGCAGUCUAAACUCCCCGUACGCCUACGCCCGCAUGCGGCUGGCCCGUCGCCUGGUGGCCGCCGCCAACUGGGGCGCGGAUUUCAGCGCCAGCGGGGAUCUCUUCGUCUGCCGUGGUCCUGCCGGAUCCUCCGAUGAAUUCCACCUGCAGUUCUGGAACUGGGAACACGGACGGCUGGUGUCGCACUGUCCUUACCCGUUAAACAACCAUUUCCACACCAGAUGUUUGGACGAUUAUGCCGUGGUGUGGGAUCGUGAGACGUGCUUCCUGGGGAUUGUGGCGGUGGAGACGGCCAGUACCUAUCUCAUGCAGUUGAUGGAAUGUCAGGACGCGGUGGAUGCCGUGGCGGUGCUGCCGGGAUGCUUCAACGAGAUCCUCAUUGCGGAUGAUAAAGGACGUUUGUACAUGCGCGACCGGCGGAAACCCCACCUGAUCCCCAUGGGACAAGUCCAGGUCAUCACCGCUGAUUGCCAGAGCGUCACCUCCCUCUCCCGCAACCCCGCGCAGCCCCACGAAUUCUGCGUCUGCUCCUCCUGGGGCCGGCAACUGGUCAUCGGGGAUCUGCGCACCGCCGGCCGCCACUCCACCGCCCCCGUCGCCAGCCGCCGCUUCCACUUCUUCCAGCAGCGCGGCCCGGACACCUUCUCCGCGGAAUACAACCACAGCGGGACGCGCCUCCUCGUGCACUGGGAGAACGGCCUCCUGCUCUCCGACCCUCACUACACCACCACGGAGGACUUCCAUCUGCUCUUCUCCACCCAUCUGGAUUUGUUCGAUGUGCGGUGGUUCGGGGGGAAGGAGGAACAUGUGCUCCUGGGGCAUCAGAUGCGGGCAGCGUCCGACGGAAUGGACACGGUGGAGAUCCGUGAUGCCCAGCAGAGUGGCGGGGUGGUGCAGCGGAUGGGUCAUCCGGUGGCGGGAGGGGAGGACGGGGGUGGGGUGCAUUUCGGGAUGAAGCUGUAUGUGCAUCCGUGGCGACCGGUGUUCGCGGUCGGCUCCUCGGAUGAUACGGUGUUGUUUUAUCAGUCAUCGUUGUGAAUUUGUGUGCUCUAUCAAGUUGGCUGUAUUUGAUAUUUUUAUUAUCAAAUAGGCUAUUUUAAAUCGUUUUUCCAGAUAUUUUUGUUAAAGAAGGUAAACCACCCUCGCACUUUACGAUUGCUUUAUUCGGCUGAUGUUUUGAAUUACCUCCGUGUGCAGUAUAGUCGGCUUACAACGUGCAUUCAAAAUUUGAUGAACUCAGUGCUUAUUGAUUUUUUUUUAUCGGAUCUUAAUUGACCAACUUAAUUCAGUCAGCGCUUUUGUGUCUGCUGAUGUCAGAUUAAACGAAAAAU